GGUCAUGGACUGAAGGUGUGUGACUGUGUGGUGGCCUGAGUUAGGAAAUUGAACAAGAUUCCGGAAUUUGAAAUCUUGUCUUUAUAAUGUUUGUGAAUAACACAGCUACAGCAUUCUAUUAGUAGUUUCUUUUCGUGUCGGAACUGUGCUUCAUUAUGGAGGAAAAAUACAUAUUAACAUUGGAUAUAGGAACAACAACCAUUCGUUCGGUUAUUUACAAUUCAAGAACUGAAAUUGUUGGCAAGGCGGUUGAUCAGGUGGUGCUCCACUAUCCCAUUCCUGGCUAUGUGGAAAUUGACCCUGACGAAUUAUGGAAGUCUAUUGUUGGUGUUGUGGAUACAGCAUUGCAAAAUGCCAAACUGUCAGCCGCUCAGAUAACUGCGAUGGGAAUAUCAACACAAAGAAGCACAUUCAUAACAUGGUCCCGUCAGACUGGGAAGCCCUUUCAUAGAUUUAUUACAUGGAAGGACCUUAGGGCUGAUGAAUUAGUCAAAGAAUGGAACGAUUCAUACACGUGGAGGCUCAUCAAAGUUGGGUCAUAUGUGUUGUACAUGCUAUCACGGAGCAAGAGGUUCAGAGCUGGAAGUGUUCUGAAGUUCACCAACAAUCAGACAACUAUGAGACUAAACUGGGUGUUGCAUAACAUACAAGAGUUCAAGUCGGCAGUUCAAAAGAAUGACGCCAUGUUCGGGACCUUGGACACGUGGCUGUUGUACAAAAUAACAGGCAAUAAAAUCCAUAUGUCGGAUGUAUCGUCAGCAUCGGCGACUGGUUUCUUCGAUCCCUUCACGAUGCAAUGGGCUGGCUGGGCCAUGUCACUUUUCGGUAUACCCAUGGGAGCCCUGCCGACGGUGGUCGACACGGCAGGGGACCAUUUCACCAGCACCUCCCCAGAAUUAUGGGGAAGUGCGAUACCUAUCAGAAGUUGUAUAGCAGACCAAACAGCUUCAAUGUGGGGCUCUUGUUGCUUUAACGUCGGUGAUAUAAAGCUGACCAUGGGCACGGGGACUUUCUUCAACAUCAACACGGGGAGGUCGCCCCAUGCCUCUGCGUCCGGUCUCUACCCCGUGGUGGGGUGGAGACUUGGGGAUGAAAUUGUGUUCUCGGCGGAAGGGGCGAAUAAUGAUACUGCUAGUAUUAUUAAAUGGGCGCAGAAUAUUGGUUUGUUCGACAAUCCCCAAGACACAGCCGACAUCGCGAUGUCAGUGCCAGACACUGACGGCGUCUUCUUCAUACCAGCGUUUAGUGGACUGGGGCCUCCAUACAACGACUUCACGGCAGCGUCAGGGUUCGUGGGCAUGAAGCCGUCCACAACCAAGGCGCACCUGGUCAGAGCUGUGCUGGAGUCCUUGGCCUUCCGCACCGCGCAGCUGUACACCUGCGUACUGUCAGAAACCUCCUACAACUUUAGCACUAUCAGAUUAGACGGUGGUGUGUCGAACAAUGACUUCGUGGUACAAUUGGUAGCUGAUUUGACCGGUCUGAAAGUGGAGCGCCCUGUACAAGUAGAGAUGUCAUCGCUGGGCUGUGCACAUAUAGUUGGUUUUCAACUAGGCAUAUUCAAAUCGAAAGACGAGCUCAAAUCGCUCCGCAAAAUAGGCACAGUGUUCACGCCUAGACCGCAAGUGAAGAAAUCGUACGAAAAGAUAGUCACGCGAUGGGAAGACGCCGUCAAAAGGAUGUGCGGUUGGUACCUAGGGAGCAAAUCGUCUCAGUCCCAGAACUCGGUCCACGACUCCAGUAACUCGGUCACUCCACAGAACAGCUUCAAGGUCACCAAGCUAAAAAGAAACAGUAGUGCCAAAUAGCGGUGGCUUUUAUAUCUGCUGCUAUUUGUCGCGUGCAUUCCUAUAUGCAGAUGAUAUUUGGCCAACCUAUCUAGUUUUAAGGCGUACUGUUGGUAUAUUUAUAAAUUGACGCGGUUUUAACUCGGCUCUGUUGUACUAGGGAGGUGCCUAUACUAGACAUUUGAAUGGGGGUGAUGACUAGGUUUGAAUAUAUUGAUUUUUGUGAUACAUUCAGGUAAAUAAGGUCAAUGUUAACUGAUUUAUACAUAAAAAGCAAUUGUCUGGAUAUUUGCAAAAUAAAUCUAUACUAAAAUAAUAAAGCUGAAGAGUUCGUUUGUUUGAUCAAACGAGCUAAUCUCAGGAACUACUGGUCCGAUUUGAAAAAUUCUUUCAGUGUUAGAUAGUCCAUUUAUCGAGGAAGGCUAUAGGCUAUAUAUUAUCCCCGUAUUCCUACGGGAACGGAAAACACGCGGGUAAAACCGCGUGGCGUCAGCUAGUAAGAUUAUAAAAUUUGAAAAUCUUUUAUCGUAAUUAGAUGAAAAUUCAUACAAUUUCAGCUUCCUUACAUUAAAUGUGGAAAUUUUCAAUAUGUGAACUAUAAACAGAAACGCACAAAUAACAAAGGUAUUAGUGAUUUUGUUUGAACACCCAUACAAAUCUAACGAUCAUUACAUUGCCUACGACGUCAUUAGUUCGUGCCAUUUUGUAUGGGGCGUUUUUCAGGGAUCCGCGGCAGCGCCGCAAAUCUGACCCUUUAAAUCCCUGUAGCUCUGAAAGUAAUGAUCGCAGAUCACCUGUUACUUUUACAAAAUUGCUUUACUAUUACUCUUAAUUUAUAUACAAUUUAAAAACAGUCAUCAUCCCUAUUGACGCGUUUUUAACUCAGCUCCGUCGUACUAGAGACUGGAGGUGCCUAAAUAGACCUUUUGGUACAAGACCUAUCAUAUCCUAUAUUCCCAUAGACCUAUUUUCAUUAUCAACCCAUAUUUGGCUCCCUGCUGAGCUCGAGAAUUGAAGAAAGAGAGAUCCUCUCAGAAUGUGGGGGUUAGGCCAAUAGUCCACCACGCUGGCCCAAUGCGAAUUGGCAGACUUCAAACACGCAGAGAAUUGAGAAAUUUCUCUGGUAUGCAGUUUCCUCACGAUGCAAAAAAUUCGAAGAUUCCUUAAAGUGUACACAUCUGAGUUGCUUUAAUCUAAAUUUUGGUUGAUUAUCAUGUAUCUCAGAUAUCUAUUGUAAAAUUUCCCUCACAUUCAUCAAAAUUCAACGAAAAGACUGCCAAUCCGCAUUGCCUAACUCGUCUCAUCCUGAGAGGAGACUCGUGCUCAACAGUGAGUCACAUAUUAUAGGUUGUUAAUGAUGACUCAUUAUUUGAAUACACAAUUGACAUAUUAUAACAGUAUACAGUUAUAAAAAUCUGUUUUAAUUUUUUUUUUAUUAAAAAUUCAGCUAUUGGCACAAGUCCUUAGUCUGGCAAGUUCGUUGAUGACACUCCCAUAAUAUGCGGGCGACGGGGGGAAAGACUGCGCUGGUGUGAAAUGGUGCAUCAGUCGUGGGUUUUCAUUUAUCACUACACGCCCCCCGGCCCGCGCAGGCCAUCGGGAAUGUUACGAACGAAGUUGCCAAGCUGUAGUAUGAUUACAUUCUAAGGGUUGUGGAUUUGAUAUCUAUAAAUAAAUUAAUGAGAGAUUUAGUAUUAAGACACUGGCGAAUGCCUUCAUAUGCCUAUAUUAAUACGUUAAGAUGUAGUUUUAGAAAGAAAAAACUCGUAAUUUUUAAGAUAUUAUCACUAUACUUCAAGCGCUGUAGGAUGGUGCGGGUGACAGUUCGUUUCACUCUGGAAAGUUUGUCACGAUUCACGAUAAUAGUUUGUAUUAUGAACCAGUGGCGUGCAUAAGGUUGUUGAUCAGGGUAUGCGCUGGUAAGACAAUUUAACCAAACUGGGCAA